GGACUCCGACAGGGGGUCGGCAGCAGGAGGAGGGAGUGCAGUGCAGUCCUGACAGACGAGGGAUUAGAUGCAGAGCGGAUUUGCAGAGGACAAUUGUCGUUGAAAGUGAGGGGAGAGAGAGAGGGGAACACAGGACAGAUAUACAGACGAGGAGAUAGUGGCUGUGCUGAGGGGACAAGCGAUAAGUUGAUAAGAAAAAAAACUGAGCAGUGCAGAAGGAGUGAGUUCUGAGGGAUCAGGGACUACACGUAGAGAAGACUGGCAGGGGAUAACCGGCGGUGAGGUGAGGGAGGAGAGAAAGAGAGAGCAAGACAGGACAGUUAGCCAUACAGACGGGAGAGAGUGGCUGCAGAAGGCGACAAGAGAGCGACUAAACUGUACCGAAAACCUAGCAGGGAACAGCAGCCAGAGCAUCUGCACUCUUCAUCGAGUCAGCAUCCCAGAAACUCGUCUUUAACAGUACAGGUACAAUGAAUUUGCGUAUAAUACGAUUUUUAGUGAUCUGUUUGCCACCUUAUUUAUUUAGUGGGGCUGUGCCAGAUGAUGAUACAAGAGCAGGAUGUAGAACAGCAGUGAAUGAUUUGGUUUUCAUCAUGGACGGAUCCUGGAGUGUGGGACUUGACAAUUUUGAAACAGCAAAGACGUGGCUAGUUAAUGUUUCAAGUGGAUUCGACAUUGGACCUGAAUUUACGCAAGUAGCUGUUAUCCAGUACAGUGAUAAUCCACGCUUGGAAAUUCCGUUUGGCCAAUUCCAGACCAGUGAAGAACUGAUUGUUGGAAUACAAAGAAUUGAAUAUCUUGGUGGAAAUACCCAAACAGGCCGUGCUAUUAAAUUUGCCACAGAGUUUGUUUUCCCGUCUUCGCAAAGGACCAAGGAAGCCAAAACUAAAAUUGCUGUUGUCGUCACAGAUGGGAAAUCUCAGGAUGACGUUAUCGACGCUUCUGUUGAAGCGCGUGUUGAGAACGUCAUCCUGUUCGCUGUCGGAGUUGGAUCGGAAAUAACAGAAUCAGAACUUAAACAUAUUGCCAAUAAACCUUCCACAACCUAUGUUAUAUUUGCAGAAGAUUAUAGGACCAUAGAGAGAAUUAAGGAGGCUAUGCAGCAGAAGAUAUGCGAAGAAUCUGUGUGUCCUACAAGAAUCCCUGUAGCUUCACGUGAUGAGAAGGGCUUUGAACUAAUGUUGGGCUUUAAAAUACCUCAAAAAGCUCAGGAAAUAUUUGGAUCAUUGACCACACAAGCAGGUUUCCUCCUGUCGUCUGAAAUUGAUGUGACUGAAGACACCAGAGAGAUAUUUCCGGAGGGUUUACCUCCUUCGUAUGUAUUUGUUGCCACACUGCGUUUAAAAAGCCCAACCAACAAGAUGAAAUUCGACUUAUGGAGAAUCCUGUCCAAAGAAGGGAUUAUGCAAGUGGCUGUGACACUUGAUGGAGAACAACAGACUCUGUUUUUUACUACUACCAGUCUGGCUGAGGAGAUCCAAACUGUGGAAUUCAAUGACAAAAGACUAAAGAGAUUGUUCGAUGAAGACUGGCAUCAAAUAAAACUGCUGGUACUAGAAAUGGAGGUUACAUGUUUCUUAGAUGAUAUAAAAAUUCAAAACAGACCUCUUAAACAAGUUAUUCCUAUUUUCAUAAAUGGAAAGACCCAGGUGGCCAAGCUUGUGAAAAGAGAAACAUCUGUACCCAUAGAAAUACAGAAGCUCAGACUCUACUGUGACCCACACCAAAGUGAUCGGGAGACAGCCUGUGAAAUUCCUUCUGUGGAUGAUGAAAGGUGUCCACCUGACAGAAAAGCUCCCAAGGAAUCUUGUGAGUGUCCAGCAGGUCCAGCUGGUAUCCCCGGUUUACAUGGAACUAAAGGGCAAAAGGGGGAACAUGGCAAACCAGGAACGUCGGGAGCCAAUGGCGUACCUGGAUUGCUUGGCAAACCGGGUAUUCCAGGCCAACUCGGAUCUCCAGGCAUGCAGGGUAAAGCUGGUUUGCCUGGACCUGAAGGGGAACCUGGACUGAAAGGAUACAGAGGUGAAAAAGGCCAACCGGGAUUUCCAGGAGUGUCAGGCCCCUCAGGUGCACAGGGACCUGAAGGACUGAUAGGGCGAGAUGGAUUACCAGGAGUUGCUGGAAAAAGGGGUAGCAGAGGUGAAAAGGGAAGGCCUGGCUCUCCUGGACAUGUUGGCCCUGCAGGAGAGCCCGGGGUUCCAGGAGUAAAUGGAAAUACUGGACCACCUGGUUUGAAGGGGGAGCAUGGUAACCCUGGCUUGCCAGGAAGAGAUGGACGCCCUGGGCCACUGGGUUUUCGAGGUCUUCCUGGGGCCCCAGGACCACAAGGUCCGAAGGGACAGAAAGGACUGAUUGGCCAAAAGGGAGCUGAAGGACAGCCUGGGAUACCAGGCAAGCAAGGAUAUCCAGGACUACCUGGGCAUGAUGGACAUCCGGGCCUCAAGGGUGAUGUUGGAGAGUGGGGGCUGCCAGGACUCCCAGGACGUGCAGGCUCACCAGGGUUAAGAGGAGAGCCUGGAAUACCAGGCCAAUCUGGGUCAAUUGGGAUUCCUGGAACAAAGGGAGACAAGGGUGAAGCAGGAAGUCCUGGGAAGAAAGGCAGCCAGGCUGAAAGAGGGAGAGAAGGACCCCCUGGUUCUCCAGGGCCACAGGGACCAACUGCUGCCAAAGGUGAAAAGGGAGUGAAAGGGAAUACAGGGCCAUCUGGUGAGAGGGGGACUGAAGGCAGGAAUGGUGAACCUGGGCCAAUAGGCCCUAUGGGACCACGUGGACCGUUUGGGCAGGAGGGCCCGUCUGGACUGCCUGGUGCCCCUGGACUCCCCGGGAAACCAGCAAAUCCUGUUACAGAAGAGCAUGUGAUGAAAUUAUGCAACAACAUGCUACGCACUCAGUUGCCAUCGUUACUUCACAGCAUGAGACCAAGUUGCCAGUGUGAAGGAAUUAAAGGAGAUCCUGGACAACCUGGAGCCGCAGGGCAGCCAGGACAGAGGGGAUUACAUGGGUACCCAGGCCAAACAGCCAAGCGAGGAUACAGGGGGCUCCCUGGUAAGCCCGGACUACCAGGAAUGAAAGGUGAGCAUGGGAUGAAGGGAGCCAAAGGUAUGAAGGGUGAAGAGCAUUUCGGCCUACCAGGCCCACCUGGACAAGCAGGUAAGAUGCAGGACAUCUUCAAACAACCAAGGACAUUCAUAUAAGAUGACUAGGUGCUG